UUUCUCUUUCAAAAAAAUAUCGAUCCUCUUUCAGCUCUUUCAAUCGAGUGUGGUGAGCCUUUCGAGAGAGCGAGGGGUUUCCACUCGUUUGCUGUAGUUCUCCAGAAAUAAGCUGUUGAUAUCUGGUGCAUUCGCACGACAUAAGAGAGCCUUGAAUCAGGAACAACGAUGAGCGCUGCGGAAGGAGAGGAUCAAGUGGCGGAAAGUCCCAAUGUGGAUUUCACACCCGUAGUCCGCUUGCCGGAGGUCGAGGUGAAAACUCUGGAGGAGGAUGAAGAGGAACUAUUCAAAAUCCGAGCACGGUUGUUCCGCUAUGCCGUGGAGUGCGACCCACCGGAGUGGAAGGAAAGAGGAACGGGUGAUGUCCGGCUUCUGAAGAAGGAAGGCCGUCUCGUUCGUCUUGUCAUGCGAAGAGACAAGACGCUCAAGAUCUGCGCCAACCACUACGUCACAGCAAAGAUGGAGCUUCGGCCAAACAGAGGAUCAGACCGGGCAUGGCUCUACACCACCAUGUGUGACUUUGCCGAUGAGGAGAGCAAGUCUGAGACGCUGGCCAUUCGAUUUGCGAACAGCACCAAUGCCAAUGCGUUCAAGACUGCGUUUGAGUCAGCGCAAGAGAUUGCCCGUCAGGUUGACCCGAAUGGUGAGGACGAUGGCGAGGUAGGAAACGAUAGCGAGCAUACUGACGACGAGAAGGACGAGAGCAAUGUCUCGGAGAAGACCGAAGAGGUAGCAGCGAGUAAGGAAGCAGAAUCUGCUGCGGCGACCGCAACGUCCGAAGAGAAGGCAGAAGAAUGCCAAAAGUCUGCUGAAGCCACCGAGGAAGUCACCGAGAAGCUAAAGGAGAUGGCAGUUGCUGACGGAGAAGGAAAGACUGAAUCCGAGAGCCAGGAGGGAUCGUAAACUGAUCUUGGAGACCUGUUGUUGGCUUGCUCUUUUCUCUUCGUUAUUGUCCUGUUCGUUGUUGUCGUGGUUACUCGAUGAGAAGCGUGUAUGUAGGCGAAUGAUAAUGUGUCCGACUAACAGUGAUGGAACCUCUCUAAUCCGUCUCUAGUCAGAGGAGCAGUGAUAAAGCCGGGUUUGCACCUGCCUUGUCCCACUAGUGUCGGCAUCACGGCCUCCCUGAUCCUGCCAGCGUCCGUGUUGGCGUCGAUGCGACUUGGCUACGACUGGCUUCGUGUUCUGGCUGGAACAGCAGGCUGAUAUGUGCGCGGCUCAUUCAUGUCCUCUCAACCUAGUAGCUUACAGCUCAUGUUAGUUGGUGUGAUGGCGGUGGCGGCGGCAGCAGCGUGUUUUGGCUGUAUUCCAUUGUCGUCCAUUGCUAGUUUUCCUGCCGUGCGUGUGCAGCUGUGCGUCGUGUUAAGCCACCAGUUAUACGCAUUGUUCAGAUGCAUACCUUCAGAAUCACUGCACCGCACCACACCGCACUGUAUUGCCAGAGCUUGUUUUUGCAGCUCUGUACUUUUGUCACUUUUCGUACCAACAGUAACCUGGCGUCCUGCAUUUUUCUGUUAGCAGGGUGGUUCUUUCUCUAACACACCAACCAUUCUGCUCUCUCUAUCUAUCUCUCUCUCUUUCUUUCUCUCCUUGGCUCAGUCUUUGCUCUCUGCUACUGGUGCGUGAUGACGGCGUGCAUCUUGAUUUCUUCAGUACGCUGUGCUGCCUGGUCGCAGUCUGUUUGACCUCUCUAUCUCUCUCUCCCUCUCCUUCUGUUCCCCCUCUUUCUUUACAUCUCUGAUGAAGUGACGCUUGUAACAUUUCGCUGCAGGAUUACCGCACGUGACCUGACCAACGCAUUAGAAAGGCAUUAGUUUGAAUGGUGUAACUAAACUAUGGAAUCAGUA